AUGACUCUUUCCUUCACUCAUCAAGCUGUCCAGAGGAGUCCAAACCGGUCCAGACCCAGCAGGAGCAGAGCAGCUCUGAUAGAAACCUGCAGCCACAGCGGGCCUUUCUGGACCGGUUUGGACUCCUCUCCAGUACCCACAAAACCCGCCGCCUCAGCCUGGGCCUGUGAUUCUGACCGUGCUCACUCUUUGGAUCACUUUCACAGGAGAGACGACGACCACGGCCACAGUCGCAGUCUAGACCAUCGAGACAAAGACCAUGAUGACCACGGCAAAGGCCACGAUGACCACAGCAAAGACCACGAUGACCACGGCAAAGGCCACGAUGACCACGGCAAAGGCCACGAUGACCACGGCAAAGACCGCGAUGACCACGGCAAAGGCCACGAUGACCACGGCAAAGGCCACGAUGACCACGGCAAAGGCCACGAUGACCACGGCAAAGGCCACGAUGACCACGGCAAAGGCCACGAUGACCACGGCAAAGACCGCGACCGACACGACAGAGAAAAAAGUCCAGAUGCGAGGGACAGGGACCACCGUGACCGAGACCACAGCAAGGACCGCAAUGAUCGCCGAGAAAGAGACAGCUCCAAGGGCCGCCGCCGCAGGGACAACAGCGGGGGCCGUCAGAGAGACCACAGCGGAGGCCGGCGCAGUGGCAGUGGCAGUGGCAGUGGAGAGGACAGUGACGGGGGCCAUGGUGAACGUGGCAAGGGCAGGCACAAGAAGCGUGGUCACGGUCACGGUCCCGGACACCCAGGACGAGGACACGGCAGAAAAUGGCCACAGCUGGAGCUCCUUUCUGCAGAGCCGUGGAGCUAA